CCCCUCCGCAAGCCUCCGCCGCGCCGGCCGGGGAGCCGGGCAUGGGCUGCUGGUACAUCGGCCACCUCGCCCAUCCACCUCCCGCAGCUGAGCCAAGGUUCUGAUGCCGUCCUGAGCCUCGCCGGGCGCAGGAGAUGCUCUGAGCGGCGUGGGGUCUCUGCGGCCAGGCCCCCACCAUGGAGGACGGGGGGUCUCUGCCCGUGGCCGCCUGGCUGGCGGCCCUCCACCUCGACCAGUACGUGGAGAGCUUCCAGCAGAGCGAGCUGUGGACGGUGUGGGACUGCCGGGCGCUGACGGACGAGGCGCUUACCCGCCUCGGCGUGGUGCUGCCCGGCCACCGCCGCCGCAUCCUCCUGGGACUCCAGAAAGCCUUUGCCGAGACCACCCUGCCCGCCGGGACCCCUCAACCCCCCGUCAGAAAACCCGUGCCCAUGAAACGCCAUAUCUUCCGCCUGAGCACCGCGGCGGUGCCGGGGCAGCCGGAGCAGCCGGAUCCCCCGUGCCCGGCGGUGCCCAGUGGGUCCCCGGUCCUAGAGCCGGAGGGGGGUGCGAACUUCACCCAGCUGCCCCCACCCAUCCCACCCAGGGUGGGCUGCCGCCCCCCCGUCAAAUUCUCCCCAUCGCUAACGAGCGGCAGCCCCGAGCCCCCCCUCGUGCCCCGCAGCCGCCCCCCGGCCCCGGAGCUGCCCUCGCCACCGACCGUGGCUGAGAAGCCCCCGGCCGAAAGCAGGGCGAGACCCCCCCUGCCACCGCUGCCGGCCAAGCGUCACCAACUGGAAGGCAAGUGCCAGUCCCUGAAGACCCCCCCGCCGCCCAGCCGCCCGCCGGUGCUGCCCCCAAGGGCCGUGUCCCAGAGGAGCAUCCCUGCCAAAGAGGAGGUCCCCGUCCCCGACAGAGCACCCCUGACAGUCCCCCCAUCCCCGCCGGCCCUCCUUCCCCGCACGAAGCCGCCGGUCCCGCUGCCGCCGGAGCUGCCCUCCAAGGCUAACCUCCCCUUCGUGCCCGAGUUCGAUGACUCGGACUACGAGGACUCCGCCUGGGAGGAGGAAUUAGCCGGACCCAUGGGGGAGAUGGCCAACAAGGAGGAUGCUGAGCCCGUGACGGGGCGGCCGCGGUCCCUGCGCGUCAACAGCCUCUUCAGUGAGGACGAGCUCGUCGAGGAUUACUACGAUGCUCCCCCCGCCAACAGUGGCAGCAGCUGGAGCGACAACGGCCCCAGCCUGCGCCUGCCCGCUCCCGCUUUCUCCGGCAGCAGCCCCGGCACGCUCGGCGACGGCAUGGAAGGCACCGCCGCCCCGCUCUCGCCCACCAUCAAAGCGGGGUGGCUGGACAAGAACCCACCGCAGGGGUCCUACAUCUACCAGAAGCGCUGGGUGAAGCUCGACGCCGACUACCUCCGCUAUUUUGACAGCGAAAAGGAUGCCUACUCCAAGCGGUUCAUCCCCGUCUCCUCCAUCUCCCGCGUCGCCAGCGUCGGGGACCAGAAAUUCGAGGUCAUCACCAACAACCGCAACUUCGUGUUUCGGGCCGAGAGUGACGCGGACCGUAACGAGUGGAUACGGACGCUGCAGCAGAUCGCGGAGGAGCGGAAGAGCAAAGCUCUGGAGAGGACAUUGAUGUCCCCGACCACCAACGGUGCCGCCGACCCGGCCGACAAGAGCGGCUUCCUGGAGCUGCGAGGGUUUAAGCACAAGCUGUUCGUGGCGGUGGCCGGGGACAAAGUUUUCCUCUACAAGAACGUGGAGGAUUAUCGUCUGGGGAUCGGCAUCACCUACAUCGAGAUGAACGUGGGGAACGUCAAGGAGGUGGACCGCCGGGGCUUCGAUCUCACAACGCCGUACAGGAUCUUCAGCUUCUCCGCCGACUCGGACCAGGAGAAGGAGGAGUGGGUGGAAGCCAUGCAGCAGUCCAUCGCCGAGGCUCUCUCCAACUCGGAGGUGGCGGAGAGGAUCUGGGCGGUGGAGUCCAACCGCUUCUGUGCCGACUGCGGCUCGCCCAAGCCCGACUGGGCCUCCAUCAACCUCUGCGUCGUCAUCUGCAAGAGAUGCGCAGGGGAGCACCGGGGCUUGGGCCCCGGCAUCACCAAAGUCCGGAGCCUGAAGAUGGACAGGAAGGUGUGGUCGGAGGAGCUGAUCGAGCUCUUCCACCAGAUCGGCAAUGCCGUGGCCAACCGGUUCUGGGCUGCCAACGUGCCCCCCAGCGAGGCCAUCACCCCCGCCAGCGGCAGCCAGGAGAGGAGGCGCUUCCUCAUCGCCAAAUACCGGGAGGGCAAGUACCGCCGCUACCACCCGCUCUUCGGCAACCAGGAGGAGCUCGACAGGGCUCUGUGCGCGGCCGUCACCACCAGUGACCUGGCGGAGACGCAGGCUCUGCUCUUCUGCGGGGCGGCGGUGACCUGUGCCACCGGAGACCCCCAGUGCCCGACGCCCCUGGCCCUGGCCGAGAAGAGCGGGCAGAGGCUGCAGAUGGAGUUCCUGCUCCACAACAAAAACUCCGAGACACCGCGCCUGGAGGUGGGGGGCAGCGAGGAGAAGCCCUACUUGGUGCCCCUGCCCUCCGUCACCCACAACGGCUUCCUCUACAAGACCCCCUCCAUGGCCAAACCCGUCGGUGAGCGGAAAGGCCAGGAAGAGUUCAGCCGGCGGUGGUGCACGCUGCAGGACGGCGUCCUCAGCUACUACGAGAACGACCGCAACGCCGUGCCCAAUGGCGAGAUCAAGGUGGAGGAGAUCGUGUGCCUGGUGAACAACCCACCGAACGCCCACGGGAUCGAGAGCACGUUUGAGGUCUACAUCGAGUCAGAGAGGCUCUACCUCUUUGGGCUGGAGAGCCCCGAUUCCGCUCGGGAAUGGCUCAAGUCCAUUGCCAAGUCCUUCGUCCAUCCCCGCGCCGAGGAGCUGCUGGCUCUCGACUUCGAGCGGAUCGGCCGGCUGCACUACAAGGGUGGCCUCAACCUGGAGCGAGCCAAGGAGGGCUGGUUCGCCCUGGCCGGCUCCGCGCUCCACGUCUGCUUCGAGGACAGCGAGCGGCAGGAGCCUCUCCAGCUGCGCAAGCUGCAGGAGCUCUCCAUCCAGGGAGACAACGAGGUGCUGGUGCUGGUGGAGAGGCGGAGGACGCUGUACAUCCAGGGGGAGAGGAAGCUGGAUUUCCUGGGCUGGGUCCACGCCAUCCAGAAGGCUGCGGGCAGCGCGGGGGACACCUUGUCGGAGCAGCAGCUGACGGAGUCGGACGUCCCGCUGCUGGUGGACCGCUGCAUCGACUACAUCACCCAGUGCGGGCUGACGUCCGAGGGCAUCUACCGCAAGAGCGGGCAGAACUCGAAGACCACCAGCCUGCUGGAGAUGCUGCGCCGGGACGCCCGCAGCGUCCGCCUGAAGGAGGGCGAGCACCAGGUGGACGACGUCGCCAACACCCUCAAACGCUUCUUCCGCGACCUCGGGGACGGGCUCUUCACCGGGCGAUGGGGCCAGGACUGGCUGCGGGCAACGGCACUGGAGGACGAGGAGGCAAAGAUCAGCGAGUACCGGCGGCUCCUGGGCACCCUCCCCACGGUGAACCGGGCCACAUUGAAGGCGCUCAUCAACCACCUCUUUCGGGUUCAGCGCUUCUCUGGGGAGAACCAGAUGAACACGCACAACCUGGCCAUCGUUUUCGGGCCCACGCUCUUCCAGACAGACGGGAAGGACUACAAGGCAGGACGCGUGGUGGAGGACCUCAUCAGCCAUUAUGUGAAGAUCUUUAACGUCAAUGACCAAGAGAUGAAGAAGCAGCAGGACGAGAUCAUGGCCAUCAUGAAGAUGCGGGAGGCAGCAUCCAGUGGGACGCAGCAAGCCGGGGACUUCAUCUGCACUGUCUACCUGGAGGAGAAAAAGACGGAGGCAGAGCAGCAUGUCAAGAUCCCAGCCACAAUGACAGCUGAGGAGCUCACCUUUGAGAUCCUAGACCGGAGGAAAAUCGUCAUGAAGGAGAAGGACUAUUGGAGCUGCUUCGAAGUGAACGAGAGGGAGGAGGCAGAACGGCCCUUGCACUACUCGGAAAAAGUCCUGCCCAUUUUGCACUGCCUGGGAACAGAGAGCUACCUGGUGGUGAAGAAGCAGAUGUCCAUGGAGAACAUGCUCAUCUACCUCGCCAGCAGAGUGGGCGACUGCAAGCACGGCAUGAUGAAGUUUCGGGAGGAGAGGAACCUGCUGGGGCUCGGCCUGAGCACCGGCUUCCACGACCGCUACUUCAUCCUCAACCACACCUGCCUGCGCCUCUACAAGGAAGUGCGGAGCCUGAAGCAGCGGACCCCCCCCUUGGACAACAGCCACAAGCCGGAGAAGGAGUGGCCCGUCAGGAACCUGAAGGUCUACCUGGGCAUGAAGAAGAAACUUCGGCCCCCGACGUGCUGGGGCUUUACAGUCUUCUACGAGAACGAGAAGCACGAGAAGCAGCAAUGGUACCUGUGCUGUGACACCCAGGCCGAUCUGCGGGAGUGGUUUGCCACCUUCCUCCAUGUGCAGAACGGCGGGGCCCUGUGGCCCUCGGAGACCUCCAAGGUGCGGGCGUCGCGGUCGCAGCAGGACUCCAGGUUGGGUAACAUCUCCCUCAUCCCGCUGCGGGGCAAUGAGAGUGAGAUGAGGAACAGUGUGGCUGCUUUUGCUACUGACCCGCUAACCCUCCUGCGAAACGUCUGAGCUGGAGGCCUGACACGCUGGGUUCGUCCGCAAGCGGGGCAGCCCUGGGGGAGCCGUGCCAGCCCUGCACCCCGGCACCUGCCGGGGGUCCCGCCAGCUCCGGAGCCUCCGCCAGGCCCUCUCGCCUCCCCCCGCGGUGACCCACGGGCAGCCAGGAGGGGAAACGGCAGCGAGGCCACCCACCCGCCGGCGGAACAGGUCUCGGGAGCCACGGCCAGGCAGCCCACGGGGACCGGGCAGUGCCAGCCCAUCCCACCCCGCAUGCCGCACCCCACGCCCCGGCUGCUUUCGGCUGCCGCUUCUGCUCCGAGCUCCAGGCGGAGAGGCAGAGCCCGGCCGGGCACCCCGGCACAGCUGCGGGACGAGGGCUGCGGCCGGAGGCUCUUGCUUUUCCUCCUCCUCCCUCUAUUUUUUAAGUCUCUCACCUUUAAAAUGACAAGGCAGGCGGGAGCAGCCCUUCCCAUGGGAUGCACGCCCAGCUCCGGGUACCAGCAUCAUGGUGCUCCCAUCACUCCUGGGGGGGGGGUGCCCCAUCCCCGGGGUCACCUCCAUGCCAGGCUGGGCGUCAAGAGCCUCUGCAUCGCCCCAAAUUGGGGAGGGGGUGUAUCUGGCCUCUGUCCCCCCCCAGCUCCAGCCUCUACUGGAGGGGGGGGGACAGGAUGGGGGGCAGCAGGAGCUGCCCCCGCUUCCCGCCGCCACCUCUCGGUGAUAUUAAAGGUCUUGGGGAAACGGU